AGCUUGAGCGUUCAUGAACGUUCAUUGACGGCUUCCCCGCGUUUGCGCACCGGACGUUCGCCAACGUUCUCUUCGUACAGCGGUCGAGCCCGCAGCGGGCGUACCCGCACGUGGGCGUACUGAGGGUGGUUCGUGUGGGUACUCAUGUUCUACGUAUUGGCCGUCUUGGUGAUCGAGUUGUCCAUCAACUGGGCGGACGAGAGUUUGCUGAAUGCAAUGUAUGCGUAUGAUACCGUUUCAUGUGAAUGUACGCGCGUCGAUGCUGAACUCCAAUUGCUCUGCAGCCUUGAACGUAACUGCGUCCCUGCUGGCAGUGGCCUUCCAUCGUGCGGGAUUCGGUGCGGCCGUACACGUUGUCAACACCGUACUCCUUACCGGCGCCCGCACUGUAACGAGCAGCUACUUCUACGCGAGCUCACGCAUGCUAAUCUCACUUGCUCGCAACGGGCAUGCUCCUCGUGUGUCCGGGUGGAUCACGGGGCUGACAGUACCUGGACUAAUGUGAGUCCGAAAGUCAUAUAGUGUUACUUUGACAAGACUCGCUGCGUAGAAUGUGGUGGCGACUUAUGUCGGUCCGCGCCGUACGGCGGACUGCUCUGGCUCCUCGGGCGCAGGCGUUUCGUAUUGUCGGACGAGGUUGACCUCGAUAUGGAUGUUGUAUGGGGUCUGGGCGAGAGUCGACAGAUUCGUAAGG